CGUUCAGAUCCAUCGGCCAUUGCAAUUGUCCUACAUCAAUUGCAACUUAUUUGAUCUCCUCGGCCAUGAGAGCAGAAACGCUUCUUCUCUUCGCUGCGCCUUUGGCUUAUUUGGCGCUCGCACCGUAUACUAAAGUCGAGGAGUCAUUCAACCUUCAAGCGGCGCAUGACAUUUUGAAGUUCGGAAUUGGGCCUGAAGGCUUGAAAAAGUAUGAUCAUGUCGAAUUCCCCGGCGUCGUACCACGUACAUUCCUCGGCGCGGCGGUCCUUGCGAUGCUCGCGUCGCCAGCGAGGCUUCUUGAUCUCGAUCCGUUUGCGUAUCAAUACAUCGUACGUGGGAUUCUGUCGAUUCUGAUGUCUCUCGCACUCUAUCGCUUCUAUACCGUGGCGGAUCGGGCUCUUGGCCGAUCAACUGCGUUCUGGUUUGUCUUGUUACAGGCGACGCAGUUUCACGUCAACUUUUACGCGUCGCGAACACUGCCUAACACCUUUGCCUUCAUCCUCACCAUCUACCUUCAACAUCGGCUAACUGUCUGCGUUAUAGCUACAAUCGCCCAAAGCUUCUUCCUCCAAAACCGCAUCCCCCUCGCCUUGGCCCUCCUCACCUUCACUACUACAAUCUUCCGCAUCGAACUCCUGCUCCUCCUCGCCACAACAACCCUCCGCCUCCUCCUCACCCGCCGAAUCACCAUCCCAACCAUCAUCAAAUCCGGAUUCAUCGGUGGUAUCAGUGGGUUGUUGGUCACCGUGGGUGUAGAUUCCUGGUUUUGGGGCGAGGCACCGAUGUGGCCCGAGGCGGUGGGGUUUUGGUAUAAUGCUGUAUUGGGGAAGAGUGUAGAGUGGGGUGUUUCGCCGUGGUGGACGUACUUCCUCGAAUCACUGCCCAAGCUGUCGUUGAAUCCGUUGACGUACGUGGUGCUUGUUCCUUUGGCGGUGGCGUGGCAUCCGAGGAGGAGGGUUGCGUGGGAUUUGGUGGUGCCGUAUUUGGCGUUCGUUGCGGUGUAUUCGGUACAGCCUCAUAAGGAGUGGAGGUUCAUUGAGUAUGUUGUGCCGCCGUUGACGCUCACGGCUGCGAUGGGUGCGUCGUAUAUCUGGGACCGCCGUUCCAAAUCCGUCAUGUAUAAACUUUGUUCCAUUGCCGUUACGCUGAGCGUUCCAUUCACCCUCGCCCUCGCCCUUCUCAUGGGUCUCAUCUCCUCGCUAAACUACCCUGGGGGCCACGCACUUGCCCAUCUUCACUCCCUCUCCCAUGCCACUUCUUCUACCAACAGGGUGUGGAUGGAUGUGGCAACAUGUAUGACAGGUGCCUCAAGAUUUGGACAGAGAGAGGCGGAGGGGUGGUGGUAUGAUAAGACGGAGGACGAGCAGCGAUUGCUGGAGGAGGGCUUCUGGGAGGGAGUCGAUUGGAUUAUCACGGAGCACGUUGGGAAAUUCGAGAGGGCUGAGUGGGAGAAGGUGGAGGUUGUUAGGGGGUAUGCUGGGGUUGGAAAAUUGAGCGUCGUUGGUGGGAUUGAGGAACAGGGUAGGAGUGACGUGCCGAGAGUUGGGUGGUGGGAGAGGUGGGCGGCCUUGUGGCCCGCACCAUAUGGUGUGAGGUUGGCAGAGAGGAUUUGGAUUUUGCGGAAAAACUGAGGGAACCACGCGUUUGAGAUCUCUUACGCCGAAAACUCUAGAUCAGAUGACUGAAAAUGCGAACUGGACUAGCUGUUGUGGUGCACAUGUAGACCACGCUCCGGGAG